AUGUCACGCACGGAGCUUCCUCUCCCUCCUGGUCGAUCAGGGCUACCCUUCCUCGGAGAAACCAUCCCCUUCCUGCUGAACACGGAAUCGUUCGUGCGGCACAAAUUGAACAAGUACGGCAGGAUCUACAAGUCACACAUCCUAGGGAAGCCAUCGGUAGUCUUGAACGGAGUCGAUGCCAUGAAGUUCCUCGCACAGAACCAGGGCAGGACGCUUAUCUCUACCUAUCCCAAGAGCGUCAUCGAGCUCCUGGGACCCAACGUGCUCCCAAAUUCUGACGGCCCAACUCACGAGCGGGCGAGGCAGGUCAUCGGCAAGGCCUUCACGCCCAGCGCGGUUGCGUCCUACUCGCAGUACAUCGAGCAAGUGUGCGUACGCUAUGCGCAAAAGUGGAGGACCUUAGGAGGAGAAGAAGGAGGAGGGGGAGAGUUCGAGAUGCGGAUCUAUGGUGAGCUGUUGGACGUCAUGCUCGAUAUCGCCUAUUUCGUGCUAAUCGGCGACAACAUGGAUGGAGAGCAGCUGGAGCUGUACAGCAAAUGGUUCGGCGACAUCCAGGGAGCGUUCUUCUCGCUCCCCUACUCUUGGUUUCCUCCCUUCCGCCGCGCGAUGAAGUCCCGCACGAAUCUGGUGAACGCGCUGAAGGAUCUGAUCGCAAAGAGGAGGAGGCUCCCCCGGCAGGGCAGGGACGCGCUGAACCUGCUCAUCGACUCCAAGGCAGACGAUGGCACCGCCUUGAGCGAUGACGACCUGGCGGCACAGAUGAUCAUGCUGCUCAUUGCCGGGCACGAGACCUCGGCCAGCGCGGCCACCUGCUUCCUGAUGGAGGUCGCCCGACGUGAGGACCUCCGGGUGCAGCUGGUGGAGGAGCAGGUGAGGGCCAUGGAAGGGGGCGAUCCCCUGUCGGUGCAGCUGCAGAGCAUGCCGCUGCUAGAGCAGGCGCUGCAGGAGUCCCUGCGGUUGUACCCUCCUGCCUCCGGUGUGAUCCGAGAGUCUGUCUGCGAGUUCGAGCACGAGGGGUUCCGGGUCCCAGCAGGGUAUCAGGUGCUGUUUGGGAUCUUCCUGACCAAUCGCCUGGAGGAGCUCAGCCCGAGCGGCGAGGACUUCUGCCCCUUCGCCUCCCAGAGCAAGGCCUCCCAGCACUAUUCCUUCGGGGCUGGCCCUCACCUCUGCAUCGGUCAGCGCCUUGCGCUGCUGGAGCUCAAGAUCUUUCUCUCCAUCUUCCUAAGGACGUUCGACUUCUCCGCUGUAGAGGGGCAGGACUUCUCUCUCACGUUCAUCCCAAUGAUGAAGCCCAAAGAUGGCUUGCUGCUCAGAAUGAAGGAAAGAGCCGCCGGGUAG